AUGUGGCCAGCGGCCCCUGCGCUGCUCCUGCUCCUUCUGCUGCUGCUGCUGCCGCUGGCGCGGCUGUGGCGGCGCGGGGCGGCGCGGCUGGAGCCGGCCGGGCGGGCCGUGCUCAUCACGGGCUGCGACAGCGGCUUCGGGCACCUGCUGGCGCUCCGCCUCCACCGCCUCGGCUUCACCGUGUUCGCGGGCUGCCUGUGCCCCGGCGGGGACGGGGCGCGGCGGCUGCAGCGGGAGGCGGGCGGCGCCGGCCGCCUGCGCGUCCUGCGGCUCGAUGUGACCCGCGCCCGCGAUGUGCGCGCCGCCAAGGAGCUGGUGCUCAGCCACCUGCCCGAGCGAGGUUUCUGGGGCCUUGUCAAUAAUGCAGGAAUAUCAACAUUUGGCGAGACAGGGUGGCUGCCUAUGGAGACAUAUGAAAAAUUUGCAGAUGUGAAUCUCCUUGGGAGCAUCAGGACAACUCUGGCAUUUCUUCCCCUUCUAAGGAAAUACAAGGGACGCAUUGUUUUCAUGUCCAGCAUCAUUGCCUAUUUUACUCUGGGAAAUGGCAUUUAUUCUAUGACCAAGGCAGCUAUUGAAAAAUUCUGUGAUGCUUUAAGACUGGAAAUGAAGAAGUUUGGUGUCCAGGUCUGUAUUAUCCAGCCAGGAAAUUAUGCACGCUCUACAAAAAUUCAGCCACCGCUCAGUGCCGAAGAGAUCUGGAGUGAACUGAGUGAAGAGGAAAAGGCUGUUUACAACAAGGAAUAUGUUCAAGAGAGGGCAAACUUUUUCAACAGCAUUCUCAGUGAGGGGAGCACCAAUGGCAGUGAGGUAGUAGAUGCUAUGGUGGAUGCUCUGACAUCUCCUGCACCCAAGGCACGUUACAUGGUGGCGAAGCUGAAGGAGAAGGUCCUGGUGUUUGUGUGUGCUUUGUUCCCGACUGUUGUGAUGGAUUCUGUUCUGUCUUAUGCUUUGAGCAAAGUAAAACUUGCAUAGCCUACAGUGGUGCUAUUCACUGACUCAGGUGAGGUGGAUUAUAAAAUGGGAAAGAGCUGAAUUUAAUGCCCCUGUGCGUAACCAAUACAAACCUUGGAGAGUCUCCCUAGUCAGAGCUGUCACUGAUUGCUAGAGAAAAAACACACAGGACCUUGUGUAAAACUGAAUAAUUUAAGUAACUUUAUCUCUCCUGUGUGGAAAAACCCCUUUUACUUAAGCUGCUUUAGUUAUUGCCUGGAAAAUUGAAAACAUCUUUUUCUAAAGCAAUAGCAGGUUAUUGUGUUACAGACAUGAUGCAGACAAAAUGGAGCAUGUGGUACAGGGCAGCUAUAUGACCUGAACUCAUUGCAGCAGAGAUGAAAAGCCCUUAGUUGUAGAAACCUGAGUAGCCAGUUAUUUAGGGGUGAUAGGAAGAGGUUAAUGGAAAAGUCAUAGAAAUGAGCAUUGGACCUUGAAACACUUUGAAUGGAGUUAAAUGGCUAUAGCAAGUUAGGAAGUCUUAAAGCUCUGAGCAACCUGGUUUAGUGAAAGGUGUCCCUCCCCACAACAGGGGGCUGGAAUUUGAUGAUCUUUAAGGUUUCCAACCCAAACCAUUCUAUGAUUCUAUGAAUAAUAAAGCUGUAAUAUGAAAACACUGUCUUGGCUAACUACAGUUCAGUCCUUUUUCAGGUGUUCUGGAUAAAUCUGUAAUAAAACAAAUAUAUCAGAGACUUUGGAAAACAAGUUACAUAUUCCAUUUAUAAAUGAAUAUUUAAUCCUAAAUAAACUAUCU